AUGGCCAUUGAGAGCGUCGCGAAGAUGCGCCAUAACGCCAAUGUUGCUGUUUUUGGAGCUUGCCCAGUUGCUCUUCUGUACGUUGUUCCUUUGCCCACUUCAUGUCAUAUUUCUAAUUACCUUCCGCGCAGAACAAUGGCCAUUGUCAAAGCCCUCGGUGCCGUCGCAUCCUCGCAAUCGAUGUACAACCCCAUCGCCUGGAAUUUUCCAAGUAAUGCAACCGAUGUCCACAUUGCGCUUCUCAAGGAGCCUUGCGAGGAUAAUAUGGCAUACGCAAAGCGACAUGUUUGUCUUCCACUCCCAGACAUUACUCGCUAG